CCCCCGUCUCACUUGAGGCCAAGCACCUUUAACAGGUCCACAAUCGAGUCCCGCCAGUGCGCCGCCUUGAUCGUGCGUGCGUGCUUGUUUGUCGAGAAAAUCCUCGAAAGCCGAGCUACUCCCAGCCUGAGUUGCGACGACUUCUGGAUUUCGAGCAGAGACCGAUAGGGUAUUGGAUGAAGAAGCGCGAUUGGAAGCAGGGACGCACAGCAGGAGCUCUUCGCAUAGGCCGCUGCCGCAGCUUAUAACUGCCGCUCGGUAUCAUUGCAGGGUAGAUGUUAUGAUCUCUAAAGGCAUUUUCCCGCUAGCAUACUGCCCUGGGCUCACAGGAUGCCUAGUACUAGAUGCGGUUAGUCAAUCUCGUAUGUUGAGACUCAGGAUCAGUAGUUCUUCCCAACACACGGGCUUCAGCUCGCGUUCGAACCGCGCUGACGACGUGAUCCAACAUAUCUCUCCGACACCAAAAUAUACCUCUAGUAAGGGAUCGCAGCACAUAAUGGCAGAAGAUUCUGAGCAUUCAGAGACCCAGACAUCCACAGCCCUCGCCCCAGUGCACAUCAAAUGCGUCCUCGUCGGCGACAACAACGUCGGCAAAACCAGCCUUCUAAUCCGCUACACGAACAACAUAUUCGUCGAACCAGGCCAGUAUCUCCCUAGGGUAUUCGACAACUACGUCCAAGACCUCGGAAAAUACCACCUCGCCCUUUGGGACACGCACGUCCUCGAAGAACACGACUUUCUCCGCGCACGGUCCUACCCAGACACAAGCAUCCUGCUAGUGUGCUUCUCCGUUGUGAAGCGAACCUCAUUCGAGAACGUGCGCGAUCGCUGGCUGGAUGAAAUCAGCGCGGCGUGUCCCGGCACGCCGUGGAUUCUUGUCGGGAUGCAGACGGAUUUGAGGGAUGGUGAUGAUGAGGAGGCGGAGAGAUGUCGGAGGGAGAGGGAAAGGUCGGAAUUCCAGAGGAGGUUUAAUGUGCCUGUUUCCAGGGAGGAGGGAAGGAAGAUGGCGAGGAAGUUGGGGGCAAGUGCGUAUGUGGAGUGUUCGGCUAGGCUUGGGGAGGGUAAGGGGGGAAAUGUUACGGGGGUUUUUGAGGAGGCAAUCCUUGCUUCUCAGAGGCCGAAGCCGGAGAUCAAGAAGAAGAGACAUUGUGCAAUUAUAUAGGGUAGGGGCCUUGCUAGCAUAACUAGCUAUACUGCAAGUAAGUCAAUUAGCAAGUCCGGAUAUCUUGGCUCACAGUUCACAGGCUCAAGCAUAUUCCCCAGCCCCGUCGGACACGCGAAAGAGAAGAGCUACAACCUGGGGAAUGGCAGAGGACUGAUUUUCACAUGCGAGAAUCAAAGUCGUCAUCAUUUGGCACACACGGGGGCAGUCUUGCUACUUGGUCACCGGCAUUUGACGGCUCGCGUGAAGCAUCCUCUUCCUAUCCGGAAUACCCGGCGUCCUGUACUGCUGACUUGUACGUACUACCUGAGUAGAUAAAUUCAAGUCAUCUAGGCGAACUUAUAUCGACG